GGCAUUAACAAAUAAAGAGAAUGACUGAGGAAAGUUAGUCGAAAAAGGGAAAAUAUGAGUGAACACUCAGAAGACACAAGAGAAAUCCUUCCUUUAAUCACUUCAGCCAGUCGCAAUGCCUUUCGUCAAGCAACAGAAGAACAAGGCCUACUUCAAGCGUUACCAAGUCAAGUAUCGUAGAAGAAGAGAGGGUAAGACCGACUACUAUGCUCGUAAGAGACUUGUCGUCCAAGCCAAGAACAAGUACAACUCUCCCAAGUAUAGAUUGGUUGUUCGUUUCACCAACAAGGACAUCAUCUGUCAAAUUGUCUAUGCUAAGCUCCAAGGUGAUUUCGUUCUUUCUGCUGCUUACUCUCAUGAACUCCCCCGUUAUGGUAUCAAGGGUGGUUUGACCAACUGGGCUGCUGCCUAUGCUACCGGUCUUCUCCUUGCUCGUCGUACUCUUACCAAGCUCGGUCUUGCUGAUAAGUACGAAGGUUUCACCGAACCUGAUGGUUCUGUCCAAAUGAUCGAAGCCGCUGAAGAUGCUCCUCGUCCUUUCAAGGCCUUCCUUGAUGUUGGUCUUGCCCGUACCUCUACUGGUGCCCGUGUCUUUGGUGCCAUGAAGGGUGCCUCUGAUGGUGGUAUCUUCAUCCCUCACAACGGUAACCGUUUCCCUGGUUUCGAUAUCGAAACCAAGACCAACGAUGAUGAACUUCUCCGUAACUACAUCUAUGGUGUUCACGUUGCUGAAUACAUGGAAUACCUCGAAGAAGAAGAUGAAGAACGUUACAAGAAGCAAUUCGCUACCUUCCUCAAGAAUGGUAUUACCUCUGACAAGGUUGAAGACAUGUACGCUGAAGCUCAUGAAGCUAUCCGUGCUGAUCCUUCUCCCAAGCCUACUGAAAAGAAGGGUAAGCCUGCUAAGCCUUACCGCAGAUCCACUCCUCUUAACAGAAAGCAACGUCUUAACAAGAUCAAGGAAGCUAAGGCUGCUUUCGAAGCUGCUAACUAAAUUGGCUGUUUUGAAAUUAAUUUUUAUUCUUAACUAAGAAAAAAAAAAUAAACCCUCUCUCUUUCUUUUUUGAAGAAAUAUACAUGCAUAUAUUAUUUUGAAGAGGAAAAAACCCUCUCUCUCUCUCUCCCCCUACUCCCUACAUAUUAUUAUUUAUGUGUAAUUAGAUGUUAUUGCUAAACAGAUCAAUUUAUGUUCUUUUUGACUUUAUUCUAUUUGUAAGUUUUAUCUUUAUAAAGUUUAGAAAAUAGUAAUAUAAUACCAAAAAAAAAAAAAAAAAAAAAAAAAAUCCUGUUG